AUGUUUGAUGCCCACUAUGCCAACCUGGUCUGCUCUAACUCAUGGAUCAACCGUGAGUUCAAAGAAAAGCCAUUCAAGCCUGGGCGUAAAAAGCUCACCAACAAGGAGCUUGAGAGUCAACGCCAAGUGCAUGCCAACACCCAAAGGGAGCUCAAGGCCCUUGUUGAGCGUGGGCGCAUGGCUAUCACCACCCUGCGCGAACGUGAACUUCUGGCACGCACCUCACGCCAGAUUGCGGCAGAAGAGGAGCGCGCAGCAGCAAACAAGGCUGCUGACGAGCAGAAGCAUGCCCAGCAGGCGCGUGAGCAGAAGCGCCUCCAAAUGGAGAGCCUUGAGGCAGAGCGCGCCCUCAACCACCAGAUCACAGGCCUCGUCGGCCUGUGCACGCAGCUUGUCCAGGAGCACGCCCAGCCGAUGGGCGUUGUGCCUCCUGAGGACGUUGGCUGA